AUGAAAUUUGCAACGAUACCAUGCUCCUUUCCGGGCGUAAACUAUUACGUCAUGAGAUCACGCAAUCGUGGCGUAAGUUAAAUUGGAAAAAGUUUUUUUUUUUUUUUUUUUGUCGGCAACAGAAACAUUUUUUACCCUGGAUAAGUCACGCUCGGCCAGGAGGCUAUCGCUCAAUUUUCUUUUCAACGAGAGUGAUUUUAUUUUUGUUAUCAGCUAGCUUGUACAAUAUUUAUUAGACUAUUUCUAUUGAAACCGAUCCCCACAAUAACUGUUUCCAUCCUUACAAUUUUGCUUUCGCGACGCAUCGUACACCUUACAAAUGUUAUCGAGAAAUAAACCUUUUCUAUUUUGGAAUCGGCCACCGCUUCUCCAGCACUUAAAAUGUCUUUCCUUUUUCUUUUUCUUUGGACUCGGCAAAGGGUCUGGUACCGGACCAGAAACACCCCUACUCAGUUGAUUCUCCAUAUGUGAAGUGAUUCCUAGUGACAUUCACAAUAAUAAUGUACUAGGCUUAAGUUGGUUUGAUUUAUUUCAUAUUUCUUUUUACUAAAAGAAAAGCAUUUUUUUCUUUCUUUUUCUUAUGAUAUCAAUGAAUAGAAAAUUUACAUGAAAUAAAACAAUUUUUUUACAAAAUUUAACUACAAACGAUAUGUUUUCAGCAUUUGAUUCCCAUCUUCGAUGUUUAGUUUAUUUUCGAUUUUACACUUUUGAACUAUUUACUACUCUUUUUCUUGAUAUAAUUUUCUUUCCAAGUAAAAAUGAUAUAAGUAAACAUAUUAUAUUUACUUCUUAAAAUAAUAUUAUAUUUACUUCUUUUUCCACUUCUUAAACAUUUACUAUCGAUCACAUCAGCUUCUCUGCCAUGUACUACUUCUCAGUAAUCAACACCAAUAUACGACACCUGUCAAGACCACGACUGCUUAAAAAGAAGGAGCUUACUUACUCUAAUUAA